UUAUCAAUAAGUUGUUGUUUCGCUAAUGCGAAUUACAAAUUUAUACGUCUCUGGCGGUGAGUCCAUAGCAAUUAGUUGGCAUUAGGAAACGAAACAGAAAAGUGAUAAAUUGUUCGAGUGGAGAGUAAUGAGAAAUCACAGACAACUACUACAGCAUGGGAGAUAAUACAACAGGAUCAAUAAAAUCACCUACAAAUGGUGUUACAGUGACCUCUAAUGGGGAUAGUAGCCAAAAAACUAAAUUGACAGACACUGCAAAUUUGCCUAAACUUAUAAUACCCGAUAGUAAAAUCAAUUACGAUGUGAAACCGGUCAAAACGAAACCUGCCAAAAAGAAACGAAGAGACAAAAGUGAUUUGGGUGAUAAUUUCGUAGCGCCCGAUGGCGGCUGGGGUUGGUUUGUGUCCGUAGCCAGUGGUGUUAAUAUUUUGGUAACAUUUGCUCUGGCUCAACAAUUUGGUAUUAUUUUCCGUGAGCAUAUGGCUGAGUUGGGCAUAACAAGUUCACAAUUAACUUCCAUUAUUAAUAUACAAGUUGCUGUAUCAGCUAUUACAGGUCUUCUAAACGGGCCUUUAUUCCGAAGAUUUUCCUUCCGUCAAGUGGCCCUCUUUGGUUCAUUUCUUACAUUCAUAGGUCUAUUUGCAUGUGUUUUUGCAAAUUCAUUUUUAUUCUAUUGUUUAUCAUUUUCAUGCUGUUAUGGUUUUGGUCGUGGCCUAACCGUAUCCGCCUCAUCGUUAGCUGUAAAUACAUAUUUCAAGGAAAGAAGACGUACGGCCACCGCCUAUCAGUUUGGUGUUGCGGGCUUAGGUCCCAUCUGUUUGCCCUAUGUGGCCACCUUCCUCUUAGACUACAUUGGGGUAGAGGGAACAGUAUUAUUCUUUGCUGGUCUCUCCUUGAAUACCGUUGCCUGUUCCCUGAUAUAUCAGCCGGUCAAAUGGCAUGUUAAGAAACAGCCUAAGGAUGAGGAAGCAUUUAAGAAACUGCCAACUCGUGAUGAAGAUGAUCACAUAAUAGCUCAACCAGUGGAACCAGAAACACCGGUAUUGCCACGUGCUAAUGAUGGUUGGUUUGGUUCAAAAACCUCUCUAAAUUCACCCUCUAUUAGAAAUAGAUUGGGUUCAUGGGACAAAACCCAGGAGGGUACUCAAUUGAUGGAAUUGAAACGUUUAAAUAGUCGAGACAAUUCAGCCAAAGUACGCAGUUUCUCUGUUAGCCACAGUAUUAAGGAGGUGGAAAAUGAAGAUGAAGAAUAUGGUGAUCGCCAGGAUGAGGACAAUAAGGAACAAACCCACAUUGAUGCCACCCAAACUGAGCUGGAAUUAUUAAGGCAGAGACAGCAGGAAAUAGAACUGAAGCAGGCUAUCAUUGAUGAGGAGCAUGAAAGACGCAAAAAACUGCCCUGGUACAUGAAAGUGGUUGUGUUUUUUGAUCUGGAUUUGUUGCGUGAUAUUACUUAUGUAAAUUUAUCCUUGGGCUUAACACUCAUCAAUUUCGUUGAAAUUAAUUUUGCCAUUUUAACACCCUUCAUAUUGUCUGACUUUGGUUUUCAAAAACAUCAAAUUGCCUUGGCCAUGUCAUUGCUGGGCACCUUCGACUUAAUCAUACGUUUCCUUAUACCUUUAAUAACAGCCAAGAUCAAUUUGAGCAAUAAAACCUUCUUUGUGUUGGGUAUAUUGGGCAUGUGUAUUGGACGUAUAUUUUUAUCGUUUACAAGAAACUUCUAUGUUAUGAUUGGCAUAUUUAUUUGGCUGGGCUUGAAUAAGGCCUUCCGUACUGUAUUUUGGUCCUUGAUUAUACCCGGCUAUGUGCCACUGAAGAGGCUACCAGCAGCAGCUGGUUUACAGCUUUUAAUGUCUGGUUUAUUCUCCCUGGCAUUUGGUCCCCUAAUUGGUCUUAUACGCGAUAAUACCAAUUAUGCAUUUGCCCUGAACUUCCUUAACGCCUUAUGUUUAUUGGCUAUAGCCGGUUGGGUGGUAGAAGCAUUUGUUCAAAAAUAUCGUAAUAAAUCGAAAAUAGUAAAAGAAGACUUAAAGUGAGACCAUACUGUUCAUUCCUGUAUUGGUCUUGAAUUGUGCUUUGCCAGUUGAACUUAUAGCUUCAACUUUAUUUAAUAUUAAUAUGUCCGGUCGUUGUCCAAAUUUCUAGAUAAGGCUAACGGAUAGACCUUAUGUUUUUUUAUUACUACUAAUUCUUGUACAUUUGUAUAAUUUAAUUUAGUUUAAUUAUAAUUUUUAUGUAAAUAUUAUAACAUUUUAUUGUAUUGUUAUUUUUUCUUAAAAAUUUUCUAUUUGUUUUGUUGUUCAUUUAGUUUAAGUUGAAUAAUGCAAAACAAUGUUUUAUGACAAAUACAUAGUUUAAUUGUUAAGACUAGUUACAAAUUAUAAAUAAUGAGCAUUUUUCUCAGAGAGAUUCCAAAAAUAUUGUUAGGCAAAUUAAAUAAAAAUAAAUUAUAUAAAAAA